AUGGAUGACGAUGGGAGGGAGAAAGAAAUUGUGCGUUUACCAGCAUCAUCAAACUCACGUCCACAUAAGUGUGAUGUGUGUUCAAGACAAUUUCGGGAAAUAGCCACAUUACGUAAACAUGAACAAUUGCACCGUGCAGACCGACCUUAUGUAUGUACCACAUGUGGAAAGUCUUUUCUGUGGUCGUCAAACUUGAAAGUCCACGAACGUGUCCACACAGGAGAAAGGCCAUACAAGUGCAAAAUUUGUCACAGGUGUUUCACACAAUCCAAUGACCUGCGACGCCAUGAGAGAAACGUACACAUGCGAGGUAAACUUGUUAACUACAGAUCAACUGGGGCACGUGCAGCUAGCAGCACUGGACAGGUCAACAUGGCCGCUUAUCAGGCGUUUGCCAUGCAGCAGCGUGCCCUACUUCAGCAUGCACUUACAUAUGAAACGAUAAUGCACAGUGCUGCGGCUGUCACUCAGAGUCAUUACAUGGGUCCCCCAUCAGACUCGUCCAUUCUGCCUGCUCCAAAACGUGACCAAUGUGACUUGUCCGUAUCUACCUCAACAGACAGUAUGUACCGUGCACAUAAAACGCCGAGUCCAAUCAAGCUGGAGCAAGUUACACCUCCAUCAACCCCUGGCGAUGAGGCCCACCAAUCAGAUGGCCAGAACAGUCGCCCAUUAUCCAAUCAAAACUCUUCUGACUCUGAACUUAGGAAUCUCCAACGGCAGAUGUCAAAUGAAUAUGCCAAGAUCUCCUUGACGACAAGCAGUAGUGUGAUCCAUUCUCCCCCUGCCCUAUCCUCAUCCACUUACCUCAGCAGUCAGCGUAGUCACACCUCUGACGGAGCUAGUCCUCACAAGAAUGGAUUGGUCUCUCCACACUGUCCUAGCCUGUCAGGACUGACAUCUCUACCUCAGCCAGUACCUCUCCCUCCCAUCUCCUCAAUCUACGGGGCUCAGACGUCUACCUCAGACCGUGCUGAUCGUGUCAUAGACCUCAGUAUAAACAAGUCAAUCAGCAGUGGAGACUCCGACGAUGGCGAUUGGAAAGGAGGCAACUCCUCUUUUGUAUCCAAAUCUCCUCAGAUGUCGGAGGCAGAAAGUGAGGAAAAACGUGACGUGACAACGACAUCUGAAACUCCGACGGUGGACUCGGGAAUCCAUCACUGUCCCCAUUGUAACCUGUUCUUUCAGGACUUCACCAUGUUUCAUUUACACCAGUCUCUGCACCCCAUGGAUCAUGAUCCUUUUCGGUGUCCCAGCUGUCAGAAGUGUUGUCAGGACCGCAUCGAGUUCAUGUUUCACAUCGUGUGGCAUGUGAAGUAUCCUCACACCAUCCCAAACUACCAGCCCUUCAAGGAGAGCUACCUCACUUAA